ACACGCACACGCACACACACACAUACACCCACGCAACAACCCAAAUCUGUCAAAUUGACCUCACCGGCUUUUGUUUUUUGCUGCAGGAUUUUUGAAGCGACCUCUGUGGCUGUUUCCAGAAUGUAUGGUGGUCGUUUAUGGUGGUGGAUGAACAGCUGUAGGAGGGGCUUUGUCAGAUAAGGAUGGCAUUAGGUAAGGCCAUUAGUGUCCCGUGGAUUAUUGUAAUCCAGCCUCUCUAUCACGGCUAGCUCGGCUGCUCAGUCUACAGUCGGUGUUCUCUGGUUCGGAGCUGGUUGGAAGAUGGCUCUCUACGUGCAUCAUUUCCUGCUGGCCCUGCUUCUGGGAGCUAACGUGUUCAUCAGCGUUCACGCUCAAGAGGCGGCAGUGUCCGAGGCGUGGACCAGCAGGUCUUGCAAAUGUGAUUGUGAAGGAGGUGAAUCCCCGACGCAGUCUUCCUCCAUUGGGGCCGGCUCCUCCAUUGGGGCCGGCUCCUCCAUGGUGCGUGGCGUGGACUGCAUGCCAGAGUGUCCGUACCACAAGCCUCUGGGCUUCGAGGCCGGGUCAGUGAGUCCAGACCAGAUCACCUGCUCCAACCAGGAACAGUACACCGGCUGGUUCUCCUCGUGGCUCCCGAGCAAGGCCCGGCUCAACACCCAGGGCUUCGGCUGUGCCUGGCUGUCGAAGUUCCAGGACAACACUCAGUGGUUGCAGAUUGACCUGAGGGAGGUGAUGGUGGUGUCGGGGAUCCUCACGCAGGGCCGCUGUGACGCUGAUGAGUGGAUCACCAAGUACAGCGUUCAGUACCGCACGGAAGAAUCACUCAGCUGGAUCUUUUACAAGGACCAGACUGGCAACAACAGGGUGUUUUACGGUAAUUCUGACCGUGCCUCGUCCGUGCAGAACCUGCUGCGGCCGCCCAUCGUGGCGCGCUACAUCCGCAUCCUCCCCCUCGGAUGGCACACACGCAUCGCUCUGCGCAUGGAGCUGUUGCUCUGCAUGAACAAAUGCAACUGAAAGCUCUCCUCCCCGAAAAAUCCCCCCUUCUUCAUCUAUACGUACCAUCGUCCGAUUGUGUGGUCUGUUUUUAUAUCCACAGAUGUGUCCUCCUCCAGCUCCCUGUGUAAAACCACAAGGUGAAGAUACAACGACAACAGUUUGCCUGAUGUGAUCUAAUUUAAAUGUGUGUUCGAUUUGCUCAAUGAGCUUUCAUUCACUCCUCUCUCCAUUGUCUGUGUUCAAUCAGUCUCAUACCGGGGGGCUUUUAUUUGGUGAGUUCUCAAUAGAUUGUUCCAAUGAAUUUUGCAAUGAAAUGGCAUAAAUUCAAAGCAAUAAUUAGGCACGGAGAGGGAGAGGCGGCGUUGCCAUGGAGGUUGUAUCCAACGGUCUGAGACAAGCUCUUCCAAAACAUUUGUGUCCUCCUGUGAAAUGUUGUCUGCUUCUCCUGAUAUUUAAUAAUAAACAGGAACCUCUCCUCCUUACUUCCCCUGAAGGAUGAGGCUGGUGAUAGUCUACAUGUUUUUUACUGUCAACAAAUCCCCCAAAAAGACCAAAACCAGCAAUGAGUUCAUCCCAACAACAAUUAUUGUUUGUGUGGGCAGAGCCAUAUCUAUUAUUUUUCACAUAUUUAUUUUGUAUUAUUCCCCAGAAGUAUUAGAAACGCAUUGAUGAGCCACAUUGUUGCAUGUAUGUGACAUGUGCCUUCAUUACAAAGAACACAGGCAUAGUUUGUUUUGAGUCACUUUCUGUUCACUAUAAAAAGUGCCACAGACCAAAUAAAGAAGCAAGAAAGUAUUGAGAAAAGGACUAACGCUUUCAUUUUGGUCCUUUUAAUGAGAUUUGUUGAUAAUAAGAAAAAUGUGGAAUAACGUCAGACUUGUUCUCUAAAUACACCUGUGAUUUCACUUCCUUUCUCCUCUUUCCUGUGUGUAAAAACUUACAUUUAUACUCAUCACUGCUGUAUAAAGUUCGAGGGAUGUUCAGAUGUGGGUUCUGUAUUGUGUUUAACCCCCGAUUUCUGUUGUAACAUUUCAAUUCAGUUUCUCGUGAUACUUUGGGAAUACGAUGCAGCGUCUUCUUUACUCUGACGAUGUGUCCUUUAUUGUAUCUUGAAACCAUUUCCCUGAUUAAAAUAAUACCGUGUACUCGUG